AUGGCCGGCUGUGGGGACGGCGGCGCGGCCCCCACGGCGCCUCUGGGCUCCCCUGGGGUUUGUGGAAAGGGGCUGCAAAGGAAGGGCCCCAGUGAGAGGCGCCGGCUGAAGGCGAAGGUGGCGGAGCAGCUCAGCCAAGACCUGCUCAGGCUUCUAACGGAAGAAAUUCAUGCCGACGUGACUUUCUCUGUAGGUGGCACUUUGUUCAAAGCACACAGAGCAGUCCUUUUAGCAAGGGUGCCUGACUUCUGCCUUGAUACUAUUGGACAGCUAUCGAGUCAUUCAGCAGAUCAGAAGUCUGUUGCUCUGGAGAAUGUUGAAGCUUCAGAAUUUAGAGCAUUUUUACAGAUUGUGUAUUCAUCAAACAGAAACAUAGCAAACUAUGAAGAGCAAAAUAUUAGAAAAAAGAUAGUGCAGAGUGGCCUAUCACAAAAUGAACUGGACUUUAAUUUUCCAAAUUCUAAAGAAUCAUCUGACCAUUCUCUUCAACAACCUGAACUUCCAGAGGACAUCAAAGACAAAGAUGACAACUUAAUUUCCAAUGAUAAUUAUGACUUAGAACCGGCAUCUGAUUUAGGAGAAGACUUGUUGAAACUUUAUCUGAAGCAUUGUUGUCCAGAUAUUGAUAUUUAUAUUGAUGGGAAAAAAUUCAAAGCUCACAGGGCCAUUUUAAGUGCCAGAUCCAGUUAUUUUGCUGCAAUGCUGCGUGGUUGUUGGGCUGAAAGCACCCAGGACUACAUUACUCUUCAAGGUAUAAACUACAUAGAAAUGAAUAUUAUGAUGCAUUUUAUAUAUGGAGGAACUUUGGAUAUCCCAGACAAAACUAAUGUUGGUCAGGUACUCAAUAUGGCUGAUAUGUAUGGACUAGAAGGAUUGAAAGAAGUAGCCAUCUAUAUUUUAAGAAGAGAUUACUGUAAUUUCUUUCAGAAGCCUGUCCCCAGAACGUUGGCAUCUAUACUAGAAUGCCUUAUUAUCGCUCAUUCAGUUGGAGUGGAAACCCUUUUUGCAGACUGCAUGAAGUGUAUUGUGAAGCAUUUUGCAAGGUUUUGGUCUGAGAGAAGCUUUGCAAAUGUACCUUCUGAGAUUCAGAAAAGUUGCCUUAAUAUGUUGAUUGAGUCUUUAAAUGAUAAGAAUGCUGCUUUUCUUCUGAUGGAAAGCGACAGGCUCGUCAGCAGCCUGCCCAGGGUGAAGUGGACAGAAGCAGCACUGACGAUGGCAUCACAGCUCCAGGAGGAAUGUAUUGCAUUUAUUGUAAACAACUUCUCCAAGAUUAUCCAAAGUGAAAAUUUUGCUCUUCUUCUACAGUCACAAGCAAUGAGCAGCACAGCUGAUCUGUUGGACAAAAUUUUAAAAACCAUUGAAGAAAACCUUACUACUGAAAAUAGCUGCCCUCUCCUCAUGGCUCUGGACUCGUUACUAAGUUCUGACAGUACAAAGGAAAUGGGUUUUACGUGCAAGAUCCAGGCUGUGCGUGAUAAGCUGUGGAUCUUCCUGGUUCAGUCUUUCUACGCUGUUCGUCACACAGAGGGCUGGACGCUGAUGAGCACGGAUGAUCAACACAAAAUCCAAGCAGCUGCGUUUGACAAAGGUGAUGAUCGAAGACUUGGCAAAAAGCCUAUAUUCAGUAGCUCUCAGCCAAGGAGACAAGUUUCUGACCCAAAUGUUAUAAACAUAAACAAAAAACCUUGGAGGGCAAAUCCCAAGAAAGACUGUGGGAGUUCUGCCUCUGCUAAUCAGAAGAUGAAAUCGGAUGGAUUAGGUGCCUCAGGACAUUCAGUAGGCACUCACAGAAACAGUACAAGCAGCACUGGGAAGCAGGAUGGUUUCAAGGAAAAGAAUGGUACGAAAGUAGCAUCAAAGACUACGAAAGAAUUAAAAACUGGGGGAAAAAAUGCUUCUGGCAAGCCUAAAACUGUAAUAACGGCGAGAACAGAAAGCAAUGGCAAUGCCAAGUUGGACACCACGGCAUCUGGACAAACAGUGGAAAGGCCAGCCCCAGCGGCAGCCACUGCCCAAAACAACUCCAUCAGUGGGAAAGAAGUGAGAGAUCACCAAGGGCAUGUGACAGGGGCCAGACCCAAGGCACUUACUGGAAACUCAAGCAUGCCAGCCAGAGCAAAGCCUUUAAAGAAAAUGACUGGAAAAAAUUCUCCAUGCCCCAGCAUUGCAGGGCAUUCCAGCAGAUCUACAAAUUCAAGUAUGGAAUACCUGAUUUCCACUGAAAGUCUCAAUGAGGAAAAUGGAUCAGUAAGUGAAGAGAAGUCUUCUGGUCAUAAGCCAUCCCUUUGUGAUUCUCGAGGACAGACGGUAAAGAAUUGUGUAAGCGGUGUCAAAACCUCCACUGUGGCAGUAAAAUGUCGACCUGUUUCUGGAGUAACCAAUGGAACUUUUGCUAAUAAAAAGAGCAUUCACGAACCAGACAACAAUAUAAAUAAUAGCAUAGUGAAGAAGGUCGGUGGCAAAGGUGAUCCAUUACCACAAGCAGUUUUGAAGAAAAGAGGAAAUGGCAAUGGAUGGGCUGCAGCUCAGCAGAGAACAAAGAGUGCCCCGUGUCAUUCUGCCAGAGCUCAAGGACCCCAAGGAGAAUCAUCAAAUUCAGUAAAAUCUUCAGUCUCUUCAAAGCAAUCUGGUGAAAACGCGACCAAGUUGGAGCACAAGACAACUACAGAUAAACAGACACCUAAGAGAAAAACUGAAACGCCAUCACAGACCACUGUGAUGAAGGCUAGUGCGAAAAUGGUAGCAAUGCCAAAAAACCCCAGUCAGCCAAAGAAAGGUGAAACGUCAAAUAAUAAAAAUGCAAAACAAAAGCUGCUUCCUGCACAAGUUGCAUUGAAGACACAGUCUUCUUCUCAAAGACCAUCAAAAAAUGAAACAUCAGUUGUCCAAAAAAGCAUGCUUCAUGAUGGGCAUGAAAGGAAUGACAAGGACAGCAGUUCUGAGCAGAAGUCUCACAGACCUGUCAGUUAUCCUGCCUCUGCCCAGUCGCCACAUGACCCACAGAAACCAGCCAGCAGUCAAGACAAAGAAAAGUUGAUGUUAGAAUACCAAAACAUCUCUAAGCUAGAGAAAUCAAUACAUCAUGAGCUGGAAGCAAAAUGGGUUUGUUCAAAUGAAAGUGAAUCGAGAUUUUCCAUGCCCAAAGAUCACUACAGCAUAGCUAAAGUCCCUCACUUUGCUGGAAAUGACAAUGAACAUGCAAAAUCUGUUAGUACCACUGCCCGAAAACCCCUGACUUCAAGUCCAAAUGAGAACUCCGUGAACUCUAACCCUGACUGUGAUAUAGACAGCUCACCAAAUACACAGCAGAUUCACUCAAUAUCAGAUGAGGAUAACCGAGUCAGUAGAAACGGUACAGAUGAGAAGUCAAACAUCACAUGCGUGAAAGAUGCUUUAUCCUGUGUUCCUGACGAGACAAAUAGCACCCUAAAUUCUGUUCCAGGUAACGGAGAAUCAAAAGGUUGUGUAGGAGAACCAAGGAUUCCUAGUCAGUUGUCUGAUGACUGUGCCAUAGAUGAAGACCAACAUGCAACAGCAGACUCAAAUAUUUCUUCCCAAAGUUUUUCAGGAAGACUCUCAGGAAAAAUUUCUCCUAAAAACAUGGAGACGUCAGAAACUCCAGAGGGCCACGAAACGCCUGAAGGUUCGUUCGUGGGUCAGUGGAACGUGAGUACCAGUGUCCUGCCACAGCGAGAGAGCCCUGAGUCUGACACUGCCAGUGCCACCACAUCCUCUGACGACAUAAAGCCCAGAUCUGAGGACUACGAUGCUGGAGGCUCUCAGGAUGACGAUGGCUUCAACGACAGAGGUAUCUCCAAGUGUGGCACUGUACUGUGCCACGAUUUUCUCGGGAGAAGUAGCAGCGAUACCAGCACUCCUGAGGAAUUAAAGAUGUAUGAUAGUAAUUUAAGAAUUGAAGUGAAAAUGAAAAAGCAAAGCAGUAGUGAUCCUUUCCAGGUUAACUCCACGAGCGAUGAGGAGCUCCCUAGGAAAAGGCCAGAAGUCUGGCCACGAUCUACAAUAACCCACCCAAGGGAGAAAGAAAGUAUUUCACGAGGCAGUGUACAUUUCUCUCAGGAAAUAGAUCAGGUUUCCUCUUCAGCGGAUGAAACAGAGGAUGAACGGUCUGAAGCUGAGAAUAUUGCUGAAAAUCUCACUGUCUGCCACACAGCGCCUCAGCAGUUUCAGGGAAUAAUUAAUCUAGCCUUUGAAGAUGCAGCUGAAAAUGAAAGUCGUGCAUUUCCUACAACUAACAGGUUUAAAAGGUCAGUUCUGCUUUCAGUGGAUGAGUGUGAUGAGCUGGCAUCUGAUGAAGGGGAGGCCCACACUCCCUCGCAGCCGUCCCUGGGCGUGCCUUCACCUUCGGACGUUUUUGAUGGCAUUUCUAAUGAGCAUCGCGCGAGGGCCUACUAUUCCAGAUUCUCAAAUCAAGGAAGAGAAGACAGUAUUUUAGAAUAUAAACAGCAAGGUCAACACAAUGCUGUACAUCACAAUGCAAACUCUCUCGUAUGUCUUAGUAGCACUGAUUCUUCAAGAACAGAUCCACAAAAUAUUUCAGCCAUAGACCAGAAAACGACAAGAGAUGUCCUGCCCAAAGGAGACAGACAGCUUCCCCCAGAAUAUAAAAAAGGGAACAGUGGAAGACACGUGGCUCUUGACUUUCAGCAGCGCAACAGACUCUUAGAGAGUGAAAUGAAGUGUCAAGAAAGACCGUGCCACUUGGAGCUCCAGCAGAGGGAACCUAAUUCUGACAUACCAAAGAACAGCUCUGCAAAAUCUCUCGACUCCUUCUGGAGUCAAGUUCUGCCUCAGGAAGGUCAAAUCAAAGAGAGCCAUUCCGCAGCUGCUGUAAGAGCUAAUGUUGCUUUAUCUGCAGGAGACAUAGAUGAUUGUGACACACUGGCACAAACCUGCAUGUAUGAGCAUCGGCCUUCAAAAACCCUCUCUCCAAUAUAUGAGAUGGAUAUAGUAGAAGCUUUUGAGCAGAAAGUGGAAUCAGAAACACACGUUACAGAUCCUGCUUCUGAAGAUGAUCAGCACUUUGCAAAACAAGAUUGGACACUGCUAAAGCAACUGCUCUCUGAACAGGUUUCAAACUUAAAUAUUACAGAUUCUGUUCCAGAAGACUUAAAUUUAGCACAGUAUCUUAUCAAUCAGACCCUACUUUUAGCACGAGACAGCUCAAAACCUCAGGGUACAGCACAUGUUGGCACUUUGAACAGAUGGAGUGAACUCACAUCUCCACUUGAUAAUUCCUCGGCAAGUAUCAGCAUGGCCAGUUUUUCCUCUGAAGAUUGUUCACCUCAAGGUGAAUGGACAAUUCUGGAACUGGAAACUCAGCAUUAAGAGUGUUAACAUUUUAGAAAAGUUUCAACUAUGGCACCCCUUUGUUUUUCUGAUGCCUAGAUUCUGUCCAAAUGAUACUUGCCAUUAGCCAGAUAAAGACUACUCUUAAUAUUGUGGAAGUCUUUCCAAAUUAUUGCGGUAACAGAGUUUACUUAUUAAAAUGAUACCAUAUGUAGAAAAAGUUGUUUUUCUAACCAUUUCCAGCAUGUUUUGUAUAAUUAUUAGAGAAAUUAGAAAACCUGCAAGGAAACCCUUGGCUCGGUUUUCCUUUCCUAACUGAGCCUUUGAUCACUUGCUUACUAUUCCGUUACUUCAAACCUGAACGCAUGGUACAUCAGCCCCUUUCCUUUCUGCUUGGCAUAUAGUGACAUAGUAAUUUAACAAUAAAAAUCU